AGCAUGGUAGUUGUAAAGCGGUUGUAAGGAAACUACUUAAUGAUAUCAUCUCGCAAAAUUUGUCUUCUAAAUGCCUUUUUCUAAUAUUUAUGUUGACUAUCCGACGAGUUCAUCAGUCAAAGAGACGAAUUCUUCGUCACAACAACAACACCAACAACAUGAAGAAGAGGAAGAACAACCACAACCAUCAACAUCUUAUGGUAAACUUGGUGAAUUAAUGUCUAUCUUUCCUAAUCUGAAAUCAAACAUACUAGCAGAAUUUUUAUCUCUUGCACAUGAUGAUGUUUCAUGGGCAACAACAUUAAUACUGGAUAAUCGUACUACCGAAAGAGUCAAUCAACGUGAAGACGGUGAAACAAAUCAAUGUAUGGUCGAAGGCAAAAUAUCCUCUGAUGAACAGUUAUCGCUAACGUAUCCAUCAACAUCUUCGCUACAUACUACUACCACUGUCUGUUCUCCACCCACUACCAAUGACAUGGAUAGUACUGCGACUAAUGAAGCAUGUUCCAUUCGGCAAGAAGAUAAUCCUAUUGAUUUUCCGUUGGUUAGUCAACCAUCUUGUCAAGAAGACAAUCAUUCGUCAAGUUUUAAUCACUGUGGGAUUAAGCUGUCAAGAGGUUUUUUAAAAUCUGCUCAUGAAGAAUAUGCCUUUAGUCUUGGAUUAUCUCAUGUUGAUCUGUCUCCUGAAGCUGUUCCAGAUUUCCUUAUCAAUGAAUGGAUACCUGAACCUAAUUUGACUAAGGAGAUUUAUAUUAGUAUUAUGCGACAUUUAGGUGUCCUAGUGAAUAAUAAUUCAACAGGAAAUAAUACACUGACGCCAACAUUUUUAUCAACAUCAAAUACACGAAAUACAAAUGAAAUCAAGGCUAAGAAAACGGCUACUAAGUCGAAAAUUCCAUCUUCAAGUUUCUUACAAAUUAUGCAUGAUGAAGAGGGUUUACUUCGAUCGGUUGAAGAUUUCCGUACGUCUUUAAAUACUCCAGUUAUACGUAUCAUAAUGGAUCGUCUUAUGUCUAAAUUUCCUGGAACACAAAAAAGUGUUAUUGAAGAAGCAUUUGUUCGAUGCGAAUUUGAUGAAGCAAGAACUGAAAUCUACCUUUUAAGUUAUUAUAAAUCAGCAAGUGAAUUGACAGAGAAGACUAAUACUACUGCUGCUGCUGCUGCUGCAACUGCCACUACUAAUGUCGCCGACCUAUCGUCGACAAGUACAGUCAGUGGUUUAUCUAAUGAUUUCAGAGAUGUCAGUCUACAUCCUGCUACGAUUACUACUACUACUACUAGUACUACUACUACUAAUAAUAAUAAUAAUCUAAAUGGAUUACUAAUUGGUCAACAAAGUGUUGAAGAAAAUUUAAGCCUACAAGAGAUACAAGAUGAAGAAGAGGCAUUGAACAGAUCGAUUGAAGAUCAAAAAGUCCGUCUUCAAACUCUGGCAAACCAACUUUGUCUUAGUCGUCUGAAAGCACAAUUUCCUGGAAUUGAAAUCAAUUAUUUGGAAAAUCUUUUCAUUCGUUUCGACUUAAAUGAACAAAAUCUUAUGGAUUAUUUUAUAAAACAAGGUUUCAUCCCUCAACCAUUAAAUCCUUUUCUUGUGGAAACAUCCAACAAAUUCAAUGAAAAUGUUGAUACAGACAUGAUGACUACUGGUUCCUGUGCUGGUCAAGAAUAUUCCUCUAGUCAUCAAGUCAACAGUAUUAGUAGUACUAAUACUAAUGCAAAUAAUGAAUGGUUAAAUAUGCUGAAUAGAAGAAUUGAAAGUAUUCGACAAAAGAUUAUCCAUGCAAAAUGUGAUCUUUCUUAUGCUAAAGACAGUCGAGUUAAACAAUUCCGUGUAACAGAGCUUAGAUCACUGCAAAAUGAACUGUAUUAUUUCAAUCUUCAAAAAGCUGAAUACCUAGUUGAUACAAGAUCAAUACUGUAUGAAGAAGAAUUAUUGACAAACGGUGAAAGACCGAUUAGUGCAGCAUGUUUAGCCUUCUCCUACCUUGAUUUACACGGAUUAAAUAAAUCCUGUGCGCUUAGUGUACUACAACAACGUUUAAGCUAUUUAAAGGAUAAAUUAAGCAUGAAGAAUACAAGGAAUUCAAUCAUAAAUGUACCAAAAUAUUUUACAGUGAUUACAGGUCGGGCUGCUGGUUGUGAAAGUGAUCUUGUGUCAGUGUCACCAGUUCUCCGACCUGCUGUCAUACAAUAUCUUACAAAAAAUGGAUAUAAAUUUGAAGAGAAUUUCAGAAUUGGUUCAGGUCAUUUCACGGUGAAUUUAAACAAUAACCCUUCAAGAUUGAUUAGUAAGGCAUAAUAAAAUCGCUCAUGAAGUUUCAUUUUGAGCCAAAGAUAUGCACAUACAUAUCUCUUCUCUUCAUAUCUUAAAACUUUUAUUGCCCCCCCCCCCCCCCGACUGCUUCAGGCUUCGCUCUCUUCUUGAUUCAUGUGUGUGUGUGUGAGAGAGUGUGUACACUCAUUCAUCACAGACUUUUUCUGCAUCAUUUUCUAGAAAUUAUUAUUUUUUUGUUGCAUUUGCGUUCACUUUUUUGACAAUCUGUAAGCAGACGCCUAGACAAACACACACAUACAUGUAGACACCCAGAUGGAUGUCUCUUCUCAUUGGUUUGUUAUCUUCUUCGGAUUUGAUUGGUGAUGAUGGUGUUGAUGAUUGAUAAACUAACGUAUUUUAAUCGUAAUUAAUUGAAGAAAUAUAUAU